AUGUCAUAUUCACAAAGUUCCACGUCAGAUACUCAAAGUUUCAACUCAAUAAAUCAUAAUAUUCAUAAUCCAAAUAUUAUAUCUAAAGUUGAUAUUGAUCUUGAAAAAAAUGAAGAUCAAAUCAUAAAUGACCCUGCAACUGUAUUAAAAGUUGAUUUAAAACAACUAUGGUCUUUUAGAAAAGUUAUAUUGCUUAGUGCUAUAAUAUCAUUUGCUGGGUUUUUAUUUGGUUGGGAUACAGGUAUUAUUGGUGGUAUUAUUCAAAUGGAUUCAUUUUUAUCAAGAUUAGGAGAUCCAAAACCUGGAUUAGAACCAGGUUCCAUAGUAUUUAAACUUGAGAGUUAUCAAACUGGAUUAAUGGUUUCAGGGUAUCAUAUUGGUUGUGUUAUAGGUGGAUUCACUAUAGCAAGAUUAGCAAAUACUUUAGGCAGGAAAAAACCAAUAUUGAUUUCAAUGGCGGUAUAUAUCACUGGUAUAAUUGUUCAAAUAACAACUAGUUUAAGUGGGAAAUGGUAUCAAUUCCUAAUAGGAAGAUUUAUUAGUGGUAUAUGUAUUGGAAGUAUUGCAGUUUUAACUCCAAUGUUUAUAUCUGAAACCGCUCCAACUGAAAUUAGAGGUUCAUGUACUUCAUUAUUUCAAAUGAAUAUUGUUUGUGCUAUUUUCCUUGGUGCUGUUACUGUUUUUGCUUGUAAAGAAAUGUAUUCAAAUAAAGCUGAAUGGAUAAUUCCAUUAAGUAUAGGGAUUGGUGCUGCUCUUUUAGUAUGUGUUGGUAUAUUAUCUACACCUGAAAGUGCACGUUAUUUGGUUAGUAUUGGUGAAUUUGAUAAAGCUAGAGAUUCUUUGCAAGAAGUUGGUGAUCCUAAUCCUGAAAUUCAAUUGAAUAUACUAAAAGCUAAAAUUAAACUGGAUAAUAAUGCUUCAAAAACACCAUUUUCAUAUGUUUUCCAUAAAAAUUAUAGGAAAAGAGUAUUUAUUGGUAUAGCUUUAAUGACUUUCCAACAGAUGAGUGGUGUUGAUUAUUUUUUUUAUUAUGGUACUACAUUGUUUAAAUUUGCAGGUAUUGAUGAUUCAUAUGUUACUUUAAUAAUUAUUACCACUAUUAAUAUACCUGUUUCAUUAUCAGGAGUUUAUGUUGUGGAAAAAUUAGGUAGAAAAAAAUCAUUAUUAAUUGGAGCUGCUUUAUCAUUUAUAUGUUUAUUUAUUUAUUCAAUAGUUGGAACUUUGAAAAUUGAUAGAGAUGCAUUAGAUCCAAAAGUUAAUAGAGUUCCAGGAAUAAUUAUGGUUUUAUUUACUUGUGGUUAUUUUGUUAGUUUUGCACCAACAUGGGGGACAUCAGUUGGUGUUCUUGUAAGUGAACUUUAUCCAAUUCAUAUUAAAAGUCAUGGUAUGGCUUUAGCUUAUACUUUUAAUUGGUGUUCUAAUUUUUUCAUUGGAUUUUGUACACCAAUAAUUACAGAUCAUAUUGGUUAUUCAUUUGGAUUUGUAUUUACAGGUUGUAUGUUUAUAUCAUUUUGGGUUAUUUUAUUUUUUGUACCAGAGACCCAGGGUGUUUCUUUAGAAGAAAUUGAUACAUUAUUUGAAAAGCAAUAA